GACUUCACGUCUGAGUCUGACACCGCCACUUGAUUGGCGUUCACAAUUCAUCCUUUCUACUUAUCUGUAUUCUGAUUUGUGGGUGGCUCCGCGUUCUGAAGCUGCGACUGAAGAGUCUCGAAUGAUCUUCCACUCUCCAGUCUCCUGUUCAGCUUUGCUCAGGGAUUACAAUUCUUUCUUGUUGUUUUGGGUUGUGAAACUCACAUGGCGUGCCAGCUGCGGGACUGAAGCACAAGCACCGACGUUGCUAUGACUGUAGGCAACGGUUCGUUCCGCGCUCCUCUUGAGUGGAAGUUUUCUCAGGUCUUCGGCGAACGAGCUGCCGGAGAGGAUAUUCUGGAUGUUGAUAUCAUUUCUACAAUUGGAUUCGAUAAGACUGGUGAUAACCUUGCCGUUGGAGAUCGAGGUGGUCGUGUUAUUAUAUUUGAAAGAAACGACGGGAAGGAUACUUCAAAAGACUUCCUUACUCGGAAUAAGUUGGAACAGUUGAAUCUUUCUCCUGCAUUUCAUCCUCCUCGAUACCAAUACAAGACUGAAUUUCAGAGUCAUGAGCCCGAGUUCGAUUACUUGAAGAGUUUGGAAAUUGAAGAGAAGAUUAAUGAAGUAAGUUGGUGUGUAUCACCCAAUGGAUCUCGCUUUAUCCUUUCAACAAAUGACAAGACCAUUAAACUGUGGAAGGUUAAGGAUCAUAAGGUGAAAACUGUUAAAGAGAUGAACCCCAAUCGAUUUGUGAGUUCAGAGAAUGCACUUUUGGCAGAAACCAGUUUCACUAGUGAACCUAACAAACUACCUCUUUCCAAUGGCUGCCAUUGGGAAUGGUCAGGGAAUAUGGCAAAGAACAACGUAGCAUCUAAAGACAUUCAUGCCAUGAUUGCUGAUCCAGACAGCACUUCUCAGAGAAGAUGCCGUAAGGUGUAUUCUCAUGCUCAUGAUUUUAAUAUUAACUCCAUUUCUAGCAAUAGUGAUGGUGAGACAUUCAUUUCUGCAGACGACUUGCGAAUAAACUUAUGGAACCUUGAGAUUAGUAAUCAGUGCUUCAAUAUCAUUGACAUGAAGCCUUCAAACAUGGAGGAUCUGACAGAGAUCAUAACAUCGGCUGAAUUCCAUCCUCUGCACUGUAAUCUUCUUGCGUACAGCAGCUCAAGGGGUUUUAUUCGUCUAGUAGACAUGCGCCAGUCUGCAUUAUGUGAUCGUAGUGCAACUCUAUUACGAGCUGAAGAAUUGAGUCGACCAAAAUCAUUUUUUACGGAGAUCAUUUCAUCCAUCUCUGAUAUAAAAUUUUCAAGCGACGGGAGAUUUAUCAUUAGUCGGGAUUACAUGAAUUUAAAGCUCUGGGAUAUCCACAAGUGUUCUUCUCCACUUGCAGUAUUCAAGAUUCAUGAGCACCUGCGACCUAGGCUGUGUGAGCUGUAUGAUAACGAUUCCAUAUUUGAUAGAUUUGAAUGCUGCCUCAGUGGCGACGGGCUUCACUUUGCAACUGGAUCUUAUAGCAAUCAAUUACGGAUGUUCUCUUAUGGCUCUGGAAGUGCGGACGGUAUCACUACUGAAGCGGGAAAAGUUCCUGAUAGGAAGCCACUUCUCCAGCCCACUCGGCGGGCUAGAAGGUCGUCUUUAAGCAACCUGACACGUGAAUUUUUUCGGCAUGGCAAUGAACAUUCAAGCUCAGGCCGUAAUGAAGCUUCUGUUGACCUGAACUCCAAGUUGCUUCAUCUAGCGUGGCAUCCAACAGAAAAUUUAAUAGCAUGUGCUGCUGGGAGUGGCCUGUUCAUGUAUUAUGCAUAGUCCCCUGUAAUAUUUGUAGUUGAAAAGUAUCCUUUAAACAGGAGUCGUUCUUUCUUUUCAAAUUAUGGGUGUAGAGAAAUAAUAGCCUAGGAUAUAUUCUCCAGCAAGGAAGUGUAUUAAUAAAGAACAAUAUGUGUGUGUAUAUAUAAUGACUAGAUGAAAUUCUAUCAUAUUCAGGACAAUCCAACAAGGUUCUAGUUUUUCGAGAAAA